CCUUCUUCUUCUUCACGUUUAUUGUGCUGUAGAUGUAGUGCUUCUAGAGUUGGAGAGGAUAUUUAUUUGAAGAUCUCAGCAGUGGUGAAGGUUUGACGCUGUCCUUUGCAGAGGACAAAGCUGCUGGCGAUGUGCAUGGACGUGCUGGGAGUUAAAAGCUCCUCCACUUUUGAUUUCAACUUGACAAAAAGAUGGCAAACACUUUCACACGCCUGGUCACCGGCCGCAACACCGCCGCCCUGCUGGCCACCUUGGGGGCGGGCAGCGUGGCCACAGGCUUCCUGUUGAGCGACAGCAGCUCUCUGGCGGCCGAGGCGAAGAAGAAGCUCUUUCCUGCUAGCUCGGACUUCCCUGACCUUCGCAAACACAACAACUGCAUGGCGUCGGCGCUGACGCCUGCCAUUUACGCCAGGCUGAGGGACAAGGUGACCCCCAACAACUGGACCUUGGACCAGUGCAUCCAGACCGGGGUGGACAACCCCGGCCAUCCUUUCAUCAAGACGGUGGGCUGCGUGGCGGGAGACGAGGAGAGCUACGAGGUUUUUGCGGAUCUCUUUGACCCCGUCAUCAAGGACCGCCACAAUGGCUACGACCCCAGAACCAUGACCCACCCCACUGACCUGGACGCCUCCAAGCUAACUCACGGCAUGUUUGACGAGAACUACGUGCUCUCGUCGCGCGUCCGCACGGGCCGCAGCAUCCGCGGCCUCAGCCUGCCGCCCGCCUGCACCAGGGCGGAGCGUCGCGAGGUGGAGCGUGUGGCGGUCACAGCACUGGGCGGCCUCAAGGGCGACCUGGCGGGGCGCUACUACAGCCUGGGGGAGAUGACGGAGCGUGAGCAGCAGCAGCUCAUCGAUGACCACUUCCUGUUUGACAAGCCAGUGUCUCCCUUGUUGACAUGUGCCUUCAUGGCCCGGGACUGGCCUGACGCCAGGGGCAUCUGGCACAACAACGAGAAGACCUUCCUCAUCUGGAUCAACGAGGAGGACCACACCAGGGUCAUCUCCAUGGAGAAAGGGGGCAACAUGAAGAGGGUCUUUGAGAGAUUCUGCAGAGGACUCAAACAGGUGGAACAGCUGAUCCACGAGAGAGGCUGGGAGUUCAUGUGGAAUGAACGUCUGGGCUACAUUCUCACGUGCCCAUCCAACCUGGGCACAGGGCUCAGGGCGGGCGUGCACGUGCGCCUGCCCAAACUCAGCAAGGAUCCACGUUUCUCGAGAAUCCUGGAAAACCUACGGCUGCAGAAGAGGGGCACAGGGGGUGUGGACACGGCGGCUACGGGGGACACGUUUGACAUAUCCAACAACGACCGUCUGGGCAAAUCUGAGGUGGAGCUGGUCCAGCUGGUGGUAGACGGCGUCAACUACCUGAUCGAGUGCGAGAAGAGGCUAGAGAAGGGCCAGGAAAUCAAGGUCCCGCCUCCUGUGGCGCAGUUUCGCAGAUAAAAGGCGUUUGCUUUAGAUUAGCACUGAGGGGACACCUUCUACUUGAAGUAAGAUCUUCACUGUAACUGACAGCAGUAAAAUAAUCUUCAACAUCUGA